AUCCCUUUCACACAACAACAACUCGUUAGCCUUCUUAUUAUAGCUCAGUGUAGCUAGCGCACAUAUCUGGCAGACGGCUGGCUAGUUUGCUCAACUUGUUUAAUUAAAGUGAUGUCAGUAGCUAGCUACCUAGCUAGUCGUUUGGCUGACCAUUUUACAUUGUGUACAGGUAGUUCACCCCGUAGAUACACCAUCCACUAGCGGUUUGCGUUCUGUCAGCCACCGAAUUAGACAUAAUUUUUACGUAGUGUAUUGCUGCUGUCCACGUUGGAUACAUUUCGUAAUUCCAGAGUGACUUUGACGAGCUGGCUCGGCUAACGCAAAGAGCAUCUCGCCUCUACCUCUCUGGCUGUUACAGACUAGUGGCAAGAGUUUCCGUCGUGACAAUCGCAGCUGCUUGUUGUGUGCAAGCUGCUAACAUUAUUAAUUUAGCGGUACGGCAGCGUUGUUGGAGCAAGAAACUAAAUAGAGGAACCAGCUUUUCUUUGUACUUCCUAUUUGCUCCUUGCCAAACUGAUCUGUAUAUAUUUUUUUAAUGAGUAAAUAAACAGACUCACCGAUUUCAUUGACAUUUUUAUCUCUGCAAGGAUGUCUAAACGAUUAAGGAAUAGUGAGCUAUGCGCGGAUUGCAGUGUGCCAGAGCCUCGUUGGGCUUCUGUGAACAGGGGCGUGUUGAUCUGUGACGAGUGCUGUAGUGUUCAUCGGAGUCUGGGCAGACACAGCUCCCAAGUGCGUCACCUGACUCACACACCAUGGGCUCCUACACAGUUACAGAUGGUUCAGAUGUUAUACAACAACAGUGCAAAUUCGAUAUGGGAACACUCUCUACUGGACCCAGCGUCUGUGAUGAGUGGGAAACGCAAGGCCAACCCUCAGGACAAAGUACACCCAAAUAAGACAGAGUUCAUAAAGGCCAAAUACCAAAUGCUGGCUUUUGUCCACCGGAUGCCUUGUCGAGAUGACGACAGCUUCACUGCCAAGGACUUAAGCAAGCAACUUCACUCCAGUGUCCGAACUGGUAACCUGGAGACAUGUCUGAGGUUACUCUCUCUGGGCGCCCAGGCCAACUUCUUUCACCCAGAAAAAGGGAAUACGCCGCUGCAUGUGGCUGCCAAGGCAGGCCAGGUGUUUCAGGCCGAGCUGCUGACAGUCUACGGGGCCGACCCCGGCGCCCCCGACACCAGCGCCAAGACUCCCAUUGACUAUGCAAGGCAAGCUGGCUACCAUGACCUGGCUGAUAGGCUGGUGGAGAUUCAGUAUGAACUUACUGACAGACUGGCUUUCUAUCUCUGUGGAAGAAAGCCUGAUCAUAAAAAUGGCCAACACUUCAUCGUCCCACAGAUGGCCGACAGCAGUUUAGAUUUAUCAGAACUGGCAAAGGCAGCCAAGAAGAAACUCCAGUCUCUCAGUAAUCAUUUGUUUGAGGAGCUGGCGAUGGACGUGUAUGACGAGGUGGACAGACGGGAGACGGAUGCAGUAUGGCUGGCGACACAGAACCACAGCACGCUGGUGACAGACACCACUGUGGUGCCUUUCCUUCCUGUGAACCCAGAGUACUCAUCAACACGAAACCAGGGACGGCAAAAACUUGCGAGAUUCAAUGCACAUGAAUUUGCAACACUUGUCAUCGACAUAUUAAGUGACGCGAAGCGUCGACAGCUGGGAAACUCUACGAUGAGUCCCAAAGAAAACGUUGAACUUAUCCUAAAAAGCGUGAGCAUCCGGCGCGGCAGUGAGGGUCUGGACAAUGACCAGCCGGACUACGACAGUGUGGCCUCUGACGAGGACACGGAUCAGGAGCCACCCUCGGGCAAGGACCGGACCAAGAGUCUGGACUCGGACCUGUCAGACGGACCUGUCACGGUGCAGGAGUUCCUGGAGGUGAAGCACGCCCUGUCUGCCUCGGAGGCCAAGAUCAAGCAGCUGAUGAAGGUCAACAGCAACUUAAGUGGCGAACUGCGACUGAUGCAGAAAAAGCUGCAUUCUCUGCAAAGCGAGAACACGUCUCUCAGGCGACAGGGCCCAACCACCCAUAUCUAUCAGGUCCCCAUCAGCAGUGGGUCAGAGUACACUGACCCUCCUUCCUCCAGCCCCUCGGCCAUGAAGCGCCGGCAGUCAGCGCGGGCCAGCCGGCCCAUGUCCAUGUCUAUUUAUGAGACUGGCUCGGGCCUGAAGCCCUACCUCCCCAAGGGGGAGACCCCCUACCCAGAGGAGGGUAUCCCCACCCUGCAACCCUUCCUCCCACCUCAUAUGGGAAGGGGUGCUUUUGUGACCUCUUCAUCCCUCCCCUCCUUCCCAUCCACCCUGUCCUGGUCACGGGACGAAAGUGCUCAAAGGGCCUCCAAGAUGGAGAAACAGAGCAGCAUGUCAGACGGUGACUAUGACAACACAACCAAUGACUCUGAGUUGGAGGACUCAGGUGUGGGCAGGAGGGGGAGGCUUAGGAGCAGUGGCUGGCUUGGGGAGGGCAGCUCCAUCCCUGAACUGGAUGAUCUUGAAGCCGAGCCAGACUCUGCGCUCCCCAGCACUGAGGAUGUCAUUCGCAAGACAGAGCAGAUCACCAAGAACAUCCAGGAUCUGCUCCGCGCUGCACAGGAGAACAAGCACGACAGACCUUGUGAGGGUGUCCGCCGGCUCAGGCACAGUCUAGGCUGUUUCAGCAGCCUGGUGCCCUGGGCCGAGAAGGCCCCCUCUCCCCUGCAGCCCCUCAACCUGCGCUCCCUCGAUCCUGCCGCCUGCUUUAUACCCUGCUCUGAAAGAAUACAUGUGGCUGUGACGGAAAUGGCUGCCCUCUUUCCCAAGAGACCACGUUCGGAGACAGUGCGAGGUCCCCUGCGCCUGUUGACGUCCAGCGCCUUCCGGCUCCAGGGAGAGUGUCAGAAGGCAGUGCCCCCAGAGGGAGGUCCAGGGCCUGACAUGCAGCUGGUCACCCAGCAGGUUAUCCAGUGUGCCUAUGACAUCGCCAAGGCGGCCAAGCAGCUUGUCACCAUUACCACCAAGGAGAACAGCAACUGACCAUUAUAACCACUGCCGCCUGUCGCAGGCCUUUUAGAUAUCUGAAGGCCCGAAAUGUCUCCACGUAUUGUUCAUCCUUUAACUUUGUUGUAAAAAAUCUAUAUAUAUAUAAAAAAAACAACAUUUA